UGGCCUGUAGAUGUCCACUAUUUUCCCGAUGCUCGAAUCAAAACAGAGCACCAGGCGAAGCGAAAGAAGCUGGCCCAUGUCUUUGCGCAAAAGAAUAUUGAGAGUCUGGAGCCCGUUAUUCUCGAUGCAACGGCCACGCUUGUCUCCCAAAUCGAUAAGCACAUUGCUCAGAGCAAGGCCAUUAAUAUUCGGAGAUAUGUUAACUAUUAUACCAUUGAUUUAUUUGCCGAGCUACUCUAUGGACGUUCGUUGGGAUGUCUCGAACGUGGCGAUGAUAUAGUCGAAGCACAGACAAAAUAUGCCAAAGUUUAUAAAGCGCACAUGAUUAGAUCCCUUCACGAUGCAACACACAUGAAUACCUUUUUGGGAUAUGGAGCACAUCUGCUGCCCCUGACAAAGACGCUCUUCGCUCGCCACCCGUAUAUGAAAGCUGGUGCAAAUUGGGACAACAUCAUUUACCACAACACAACGAAACGACUUCAAGAUGCAGAGUCUGGAGAGGAAAAGAAGGACCUGUUCUCCAAUCUGCUUCGUAACAACAAAGGAGAGAGCCUUGACCUCCCAAUGGGCGAAAUCUUGGCUGAAUGCUCUGUUAUGAUGAACGCUGGAACAGAUACUACUACCGCGGCCCUAACAAAUACCAUUUUCCUCCUGUAUAAACAUCCCCGCGUUCUCGCGAAGCUACGCCAAGAGUUAGACAGCGCUAUUGGUUCAUCGGCCGACGUUCCCAACUAUGCAUCCGUGUCUUCUCUCCCGUACUUGCGUGCCUGCAUUGAAGAGUCGCUGCGCAUUCGCCCUGCUUCAUCAUAUGGUCUUCCACGAGUUGUUCCUGCCGGCGGACGUGUCAUUGCCGGGCAAUAUAUCCGCGAGGGUGUGACUGUCUCUGUCCCGACGUACACUCUACUUCGCAAUACAGACUGCUUCAAGGACGCAUAGUCGUUUAAUCCCGAUAGGUGGAUUGAAUCAGACAAAGCCACAAGGAAAGGAUGAACACUGCCCAUUUUCCAUUCAGUGUGGGCCCUAGGGCAUGUAUCGGGAGGAAUAUUGCCUAUUUUGAGCAGCUGUUAGUUAUUUCAUCUAUUGUCAGAUUUUUCGACUUCACAUUUGUGGACGGAGAGUCGCAAGAGCUCGCUACUUUGGAGAGAUUCAAUUCGAAUCCGGGAGAGCUGCGUUUAUGGCCAUCCAGGCGGACAGUGUAAAGAGAAGCCAGAAUAACUAAUUUAGUUAUAUAGUAAGC